GCAGCUUUUGUCAGUCAUCACUAACACACCAAACCCUUCUUCUCUCUUCCCCUGAAACAUCCCUCCUCUUCCAACAAAAUCAGUGAGGAUCUGAGAAGAAGCAUUGGCCAGAGGUGGUCAGCUUUUUCCUUCUACGCAUGACUGCAAGGGGCAGCGACCCCAUAAGGGGUCGUCUUUGGCCACAAAUGGCCUUGGCAUUGGCCAUUGCUUUCAUUUCUUCCACUGUGGUUUCCGUCAAUGCUGAUGGUUAUCCUUACUAUUCUCCUCCACCACCUUAUGAAUACAAGUCACCACCUCCUCCUCCUUACGUCUACAAGUCUCCACCACCUCCACCAUAUGAGCACAAGGAUCCACCAUACUAUUACAAGUCACCACCACCUCCUUCUCCGUCACCUCCACCUCCCUACUAUUAUAAAUCUCCUCCACCACCCUCUCCUUCACCUCCUCCUCCAUACUAUUACAAAUCUCCGCCCCCACCCUCACCCUCACCUCCACCGCCUUACUAUUACAAGUCCCCACCGCCACCUUCACCAUCUCCUCCACCACCCUAUUAUUACAAGUCUCCACCUCCACCUGAAAAGUCUCCAACUCCAUCCCCCUAUUACUACAAGUCUCCACCGCCACCUUCACCAUCCCCUCCACCACCCUAUUAUUACAAAUCCCCGCCACCACCAUCACCAUCCCCUCCACCACCUUACUAUUACAAGUCUCCACCUCCACCUGAAAAGUCUCCAGCUCCAACUCCCUAUUACUACAAGUCUCCUCCACCACCAUCUCCAUCACCUCCACCCCCUUACUAUUAUAAGUCCCCACCACCACCUUCACCAUCCCCUCCACCACCCUAUUAUUACAAAUCCCCGCCACCACCUUCACCAUCUCCUCCACCACCUUACUAUUACAAGUCUCCACCUCCACCUGAAAAGUCUCCAGCUCCAACUCCCUAUUACUACAAGUCUCCUCCACCACCAUCUCCAUCACCUCCACCCCCUUACUAUUAUAAGUCCCCACCACCACCUUCACCAUCCCCUCCACCACCCUAUUAUUACAAAUCCCCGCCACCACCUUCACCAUCUCCUCCACCACCUUACUAUUACAAGUCGCCACCUCCACCUGAAAAGUCUCCAGCUCCAACUCCCUAUUACUACAAGUCUCCUCCACCACCAUCUCCAUCACCUCCACCCCCUUACUAUUAUAAGUCCCCACCACCACCUUCACCAUCCCCUCCACCACCCUAUUAUUACAAGUCUCCACCUCCACCUGAAAAGUCUCCAGCUCCAACUCCUUAUUACUACAAGUCUCCUCCACCACCAUCCCCAUCACCUCCACCCCCUUACUAUUACAAGUCUCCACCUCCACCUGAAAAGUCUCCAGCUCCAACUCCCUACUAUUACAAAUCUCCUCCACCACCAUCUCCAACACCUUAUUACUACAAAUCUCCUCCUCCUCCAUCACCAACUCCUUACUACUACAAGUCUCCACCACCUCCAUCCCCAACUCCCUACUAUUACAAAUCUCCUCCACCACCACCACCGUACUACUACAAAUCUCCUCCUCCUCCAUCCCCAACUCCGUACUACUAUAAAUCUCCUCCCCCACCACCUUACUACUACAAAUCUCCCCCUCCUCCAUCCCCAACUCCUUACUACUACAAGUCUCCUCCCCCACCACCUUACUAUUACAAAUCUCCUCCUCCUCCAUCCCCAACUCCAUACUACUAUAAAUCUCCUCCCCCACCACCUUACUACUACAAAUCUCCCCCUCCUCCAUCCCCAACUCCUUACUACUACAAAUCUCCACCCCCACCAUCCCCAACUCCUUACUACUACAAGUCUCCUCCCCCACCACCUUACUAUUACAAAUCUCCUCCUCCUCCAUCCCCAACUCCUUACUACUACAAGUCCCCUCCUCCUCCAUCCCCAACUCCUUACUAUUAUAAGUCUCCACCACCACCACCCAAAUACCCACCUCCUUACUACUAUAACUCUCCUCCUCCUCCAGUUGUGUAUCCCCCACACCCUUAUCAUCCGCACCACCAUCCUUUGAUUGUGAAGGUAGUGGGUAAAGUCUACAGCUACAAGUGCUAUGACUGGGAGUAUCCCGAAAAGUCUCAUAAUAAGAAACACCUCAAAGGUGCUGUUGUGGAGGUCAAAUGUAAAGCAGGAAGGAAUAUCAUCAAGGCUUAUGGUGAAACUAAGAGCAAUGGAAAGUAUAGCAUUACGGUUAAGGACUUCAACUAUGUCAAAUAUGGAUCCACAGUGUGCAAGGCCAAGCUUUAUGCUCCACCUAAGGGUUCACCCUUCAACAUACCUACCAAGUUGAAUGAGGGAACAGAGUUGAAGGUGAAAUCCAAAGACAAAUAUGAAGUUGUGCUUAAGGCUAAGCCAUUUGCUUAUGCUUCCAAGAAGCAUUUUGAAGAAUGCUACAAGCCCAAGCCUUCACCGACUCCUUACUACUACAAGUCUCCUCCUCCUCCUUCUCCAAUUUACAUAUACAAGUCACCACCUCCACCAUCACCUACUUAUGUUUACAAGUCACCACCUCCACCAGUGAAGUCACCUCCAUAUUAUUAUCAAUCUCCACCUCCACCAUCACCAAAACCUAAGCCACCAUACUAUUACAAAUCACCACCUCCGCCUUCACCAAAACCUAAACCUCCAUAUUACUAUCAAUCACCACCUCCACCAUCACCAGUGCCCAAGCCUCCUUAUUACUAUCAAUCUCCUCCUCCUCCAUCACCGGUUCCUAAGCCACCAUAUUACUACAAAUCUCCACCUCCUCCAUCACCAGUUCCUAAGCCACCAUACUAUUACCAGUCUCCACCUCCACCAUCACCGAUUCCUAAACCCCCAUACUAUUACCACUCUCCACCUCCACCAUCACCUUCUCCUCCUCCCCCAUACUAUUAUAAAUCACCACCCCCACCUUCACCAUCCCCUCCUCCUCCUUACUAUUAUAAAUCUCCCCCACCACCUUCACCAGUUCCUAAACCCCCAUACUAUUACCACUCUCCACCUCCACCAUCACCCUCUCCUCCUCCCCCAUACUAUUAUAAAUCACCACCCCCACCUUCACCAUCCCCUCCUCCUCCUUACUAUUAUAAAUCUCCCCCACCACCUUCACCAGUUCCUAAACCCCCAUACUAUUAUCACUCUCCACCCCCACCAUCACCUUCUCCUCCUCCCCCAUACUAUUAUAAAUCUCCCCCACCACCUUCACCAGUUCCUAAACCCCCAUACUAUUACCACUCUCCACCUCCACCAUCACCUUCUCCUCCUCCCCCAUACUAUUAUAAAUCACCACCCCCACCUUCACCAUCCCCUCCUCCUCCUUACUAUUAUAAAUCUCCCCCACCACCUUCACCAGUUCCUAAACCCCCAUACUAUUAUCACUCUCCACCUCCACCAUCACCUUCUCCUCCUCCCCCAUACUAUUAUAAAUCACCACCCCCACCUUCACCAUCCCCUCCUCCUCCUUACUAUUAUAAAUCUCCCCCACCACCUUCACCAUCCCCACCACCACCUUAUUAUUAUCAUUCCCCACCUCCACCUAAAGAGCAUGUACACCCUCCCUACUACUACCACUCACCACCACCACCAUCUCCAUCUCCACCACCUCCCUAUUACUAUAAAUCUCCUCCACCACCAUCCCCCUCUCCUCCUCCCCCCUACUACUACCACUCCCCACCACCACCAUCUCCCUCUCCUCCUCCUCCCUACUACUACCAUUCUCCACCACCACCAUCUCCAUCACCACCACCUCCAUACUAUUACAAAUCCCCUCCACCUCCAUCUCCAUCUCCACCACCUCCUUACUACUAUCAAAGUCCUCCUCCACCAUCUCCCACUCCUCAUCCUCCCUACUACUACAAAUCCCCUCCACCACCAACGUCGCAUCCUCCACCUUACCACUAUGUGAGCCCUCCACCACCUUCUCCAUCUCCUCCUCCACCAUACCAUUACACAUCACCACCUCCUCCUUCCCCAGCUCCCGCUCCCAAGUACAUUUACAAAUCACCUCCACCUCCAGUUUACAUAUAUGCUUCCCCACCUCCACCUAUCUACAAGUAAGUUCGAAUUGCGGAAGCACCAUUCACGAUAAAUCAUGUUCUAGUUUUUAUCGAGGAAUAAAGGCAAGCUCUAUUUGGAGUCAAGUGAAACAUCUAUCUUCCUGUCCAAGUUCUUUGAAUAAAAGUCUGAAUGUGUCAUCUCUGCACUACAAUAUUUGUGAUUCUGACCAAGUUGGUUCUAUUUGUUUGAUGGCCAUCUUGCACGUCCUGAUCUUAUUGUGUUCAAGUGACAGACAAAUCAGAACAGGGAAGAGAGAUUUGAAAUGUAAAUGCCAAGUGAAAGUGAAAAGUACAGUCCAGUUUUAGUGAUCUCUUUAAUUUAUUUGUUCAUAGAUUAAUAUGAUGGUGUAUGAUUGCUUUUCUAUUUAUUGUGGCAUUUUUGUGUUGUACCCUGUUGUUGUGUUUGCAAUAAGUAUUAGUAAUAAAGCAGCAAAUUCAAUUUCAGUUCA